GCCGCUGUUUGAAUGCUCUGCGGAAACAGACUGCCUUGCAACCGAUUUGAGGAGCAACCAUACCACAAUGCAGUUAGCUAGCUGACGAAAUAAAUCGGCGGAAUUCUUACAGUUCACCGUUUCAGAGGUAAACGGCAAUUUUAAAUCGUGUGUCGCCGAGAAACAAUUCUGUUUUUUAUUUUUUUUUCCGGACAAGGUUUGUUUAGGAGUUAACGUGACUUGCUAACCUAGCUGGCUAACGUUGGCUAGCUAACUGCAUUGUAACUGAAGCCAUUAGGCGCUCUGUACUGUAACUUUGGUCAAGUCGUUAACAUCUUUUUGGAAGGGCGUGACUUUGCAGUUCUUACUGUUGAGGUUAUAGUUGAUAAAUGUUUGUGGCGAUCAAGAGUCGUGUGAGCAGUUAAGAUCCACGAAAGGAUGAGUUAAAAGAAGUCUGGAGAAAGUGAUAAAGCCAGAACGCGUUUGGUCAUCACGUAACUGAUUCAACUGCAGAUGUCAAGUUUGUUUUGGUCCUGGUAUAAGAGAGUGAACGACUUAUUGUGGAGUUAGCUUGGAAAGUAUAAGAAAGGAGUGUAAAAUGAAAGUCAUGGAGAAGAAUGUGAUGCGUCUAGUGGCUGUGCAACAUCUCCGCACAGCGUACGGGAUAAAGACAAAGAACUGGAAUAAAAACAAAGUCAGCUGUAAGACAACAACCAGCAGCUCGACAAAGGUUUUCGGGGUGUCCCUGGAGAGCUUGCCGUACUAUAAUAUGGAAUAUGGCAGCGUGCCAAGCUUUCUGGUUGAUGCAUGUAUGAAGCUACUGGCACAUGUUGACACAGAGGGUCUGUUCAGAAAAUCUGGCUCAGUUGUUCGUCUGAAGGCGCUCAGGACUAAAUUGGACGCGGGCGAGGAGUGCCUGUCCACUGCACUUCCCUGUGACGUGGCCGGUCUGGUGAAGCAGUUCUUCAGGGAGUUGCCAGAGCCUGUGUUGCCCGUAGAGCUGCAGGAGGCCUUCCUCAAGGCCCAGCAGCUCCCCACCGUGGAGGACAGAACCUCUGCCACCAUGCUGCUCUCAUGUGUGCUACCAGAUAGAAACCUAACUACCCUGCGUCACUUUUUUGACUUCCUCUGCACCGUUUCUAAGAGGAGUGCGGAGAAUAAGAUGGAUGGCAGUAAUUUGUCUGUAAUUUUGGCUCCCAACCUCCUUCACUUCGGAGACGGUACAGAGAAGAUGAAUGCGAACACUGAAAAACGCCUCAAGCUACAGGCAGCCAUAGUGCACUGCUUCAUAGACAAUGCUCACAACUUUGGUGUAUUACCACAGUUUCUUCAAGACAAAGUUCCAGCUAUGAUGGGCUGUGAGGCGGGGGUUCUGUCCCCUACUCAUGAUGAACUUGAAGAGCUGGACUUGAACACUGGGAUGAAGAAGAGACACAGACGCAGCUUUGGGGAUAUGGUCAGUGGUGCUCUGAAUAAGAUUAAAACUAAUAGAACACCUACAAAUGCCACCCAGUCAGACAGUCUUGUCUUUUCCUCUGCAACUCCUGUGAUUGCAACGCCAUCCUCAAAGCGAAAGCUUCCUUUGGAAUCUGGCCAUUCUUUUGGAUUCUCAAACAAGAAACGUAGAUCUGUCAAAAAGAACCUUGGGAUAGACUUACUUCCCAAUACUUUGUUCAGCGGGACUUCCACUCCUGGAUCAGCUUACAGUGCUUCGGGGGUGUUGGACUCUUCCCAGAAUACCCUGUCUUCAGCAGGGAGGUCUAGAAGGCAAUCAGCUACCUCUGUGAGGAGGAAGAGCCGACGGCUUAGCAGCAGACAUGCUGUCAACAGAGUUGAAUCCGGAAGGGCUGGCUGCUUCUCUCCUAAAGUCUGCAAAAAGGAAGCACCGCGCAAAUCUCUGCGCUUACGUUUUAGCCUGGGGAAGAGCAGCAAAGACGCUGGAUCUGAGUCCAUUGGCUGGCGACUUGCCACUCAGGAGAGCACCACCAGUUUUCGUUUCACCAAAGAGACAGAGUUCAGUCCAUCAGUUCUGCCUAGAAAAGCUGAAUCCAAGAGCUCCAAGUACAUCAGUAAGUCUGAGGACAGCUUGUUGACACCUCAAUGUGACUCACGUUCCCACCGGACCUCAUGGAGCGCAGAGACUCCUGUAGGAGCCCAGGCUUUCGGUGGAGGAUCUUUCACAGACACCCCCAUGAACAUAUGUCUCAAGGGCAGUUACACAUCUGAGCCAGCCAUUGCCAUAUCAAAGCCCCCAGCGGUGGCUGGCCUUCCUAAGAAGCUGUGUUGUGCCUCCAGUGCUGAGAGCCUGGAGAGUGAGAGCUCCAUCAUUGAGGCCCAGAGUCAAACCGGCCCCACCCUGCUGAAAAUAAAGAAGGCCUUCACCGAGUCUGGCAGUGACCUCCAGGCUGUGAUACAGGAACCCUGUAACUCUACUGGAACCAAUGCAACCAAACUAUCGGACAGCCUCCUCAUUCCUCCACCAGAGACUCCUGCAGUCAAAGUCCUGUCUGUGGACACAGAGGCCUCCAGUUUCCCAGUUCAGCAGAGCCGUCUGGCUAAUGAUCAAAACAUUACCUUUGGCCAGAUUGAAAUUGCUGCUUUAUCGCCUUUGCAUAUUGACAGUGUAGUUUUUGAGUCUAGUGCAUACUGUAGUCCAAUAAAGGCAAGUAAAGGUCCCCUCUGUGCAGCUCCUAUGGGUAGCCAUAACAGCUCCACGGAAGAGAGUGAAAGAGAAGCAGAGCAGGUGAACUGCAGCAGGUUGAUUGAUGCUCUGGACAUCCAGAGUCCUGCUUUCUUUAAACUGAGCGUCUCCUCCGGGCGGCAGUCCACCCCAUACAAGCUGGACCUACAGCUCGAUGAUGAGCAUGAUACACCUUCUAAAACUGGUGCUGUAGACAGUGUGGUACACGAAAACAACAAAUCUUCACCAGAGAUUGGUUCCGAAGUCCAAAACCAACAACCCUUGUCACCACACAGCCUGGAGACUGAAAAGCGUCGGGUGAUAGACCACAUUCAACACUUCAACAAGCUCACUCUCCAUUCUCCCAGAGCCUCCAGCACAGCACAAAUCAGAUCACCGCUCAAAUUCCAGCGCACCCCUGUGCGUCAGGCUGUCCGCAGGAUCAACUCUCUCCUGGGAGACAGCAGUAGACCGAGUAGAAUAGCAAAGCUUGCUACCAACCAGAGCGUUCAAGUAGUGAAGGCGGUGAGUCUGGAGAGCGGCCUCUCUCCUCAGCCACAGCUUCAGCUUUACCAGGGAGCGGAACAAGUGGGUCUGGCCAGCAGUAUUUGUCCCAUGAAGAAACCACCUCCAGUCCCACCCAAAAAGCCAAGCACUUUGGCCCGUAAGCCAAAGGCCUGUGUUCUGGGCGAUGUGACCAACAAGGUCCAACCAAAGACCAAAAUGGACAGUUCUGUCCCUGAUCCAUCAGGAGCUCAGAAGCCCCUUGUGCAGCAAGUCGUAGAAAAGGACAUGAACCAUUACAGAGGUUCACCUAGAAACCCUCUCAACCAAGUAAGGCUGCUGUCUGCUACCAAGCCUGUAGAUUUAUAGUUCAGAAAGUUUGCCUUUUGUGUUCGCUUACUAUGCAGGUCUCUGUCUGGUAGGGCAACACGACUUGAAACAUUCCCUUUUAUGCUACCCAUAAUUCCAGGGGUCUUAAUUUAUUUUUAAAUGAGGUAGGUGCUGGUUGUGUUGUGUCAGGGCCUUAAUGGGAGAUGUUCAUAUGCCUUAUGUCUGUUUUACUGUAGUAAAGCAUGUUUAGAAGUCAAAUAUCGACACAUCAGCCUGCAGUAUUGAAGCUGGGUAGUGUUUUGACUGUAGAGCGCAGGCCAAAUGAAAUGUGAUUGGUGGUAUGACUGGAAAUGUUUGGAACAAGUCUUAUGCUUUUAUUUAUGCAUUUUAUAUCUUAUCCUUAGUUAGAUGUUAUUUUCUUUAAAAAAAAAAAGUUUACUUAAGUUGCAGUUUUUUUUUUAAUUAAAAAAUAUUUUCUUAUGGUUUCAUCAUGAACAGAUAGAAGUAAAAAUGCACCUUUUUGUUGGAUUUUAUGGAGAGAGAAAAAAAAGCCAAGCAGUAUUGAUCAUCUGUCUGUCCCUCAAAGAACCAGUAAAAUACUUUGCUAUGUGAACCGCUUCAGACAAAUAAAAUCAAACGGCAUGUA